CCGCAAAAUCUUAUAAUGAGCUUACCAAGCAGGGAAGCCUUAUAUCAGCAUGCCCCGUGGCAAAGCGGACGCGAAAAGCGGCAGACCGUCGGUGGCAGUUGUUGCGUGUGUCAUGUCGCGCGGGUUUUACGUGUCGUAAAAAAUUAUAAGAAAAAAAGAAGAUUGCAAACUCUCUCUGGAAUCGAUGGCGAUUCGAGGACGAUCAUUUCAUACAACUGUGAUUUAUUGAAAGAGAAAGAGAGAGAAAGAUCGACAUGGCGCGAUGAUCAUAGCAUGGCCAUCAUGAAGAAACGCGGAAGCAAUGAGAACAAGGACGGUAAGAGUGGCCAGAACGGAAGCAGCGCGACGGGAAAAACGACCACGGCGGAGUUGAGUGACGACGAAAAUCAAGGCUUCGGUAACUGGCUGCGCUCCAGCACCGGUGUCGAGAUGAUGCGGCUCUUUGUAAUCGCGAAUUCGAUUUUGGUGUUCGUCACGAUGGCUUGGCCGAAUAUGAGAGAGUCUUUCUACAUCAUUAAGGACUAUCUCGUGGGUGAAGAGGAUUGAAUCGACCAAUCGCGAUUAUACUGGAUUCAUCGAGGAGAUUCGAUCUAAAUAUUUCUGAAAAUAUCGAUUAAUUUAUUGAAAAAUCGAGUCACAUUACGCGUAAAUGUGAUUAGCUUGAAGGAACUAAGAGUGUCUUUCUCAAACGACGCUUUAUUCACUCGCAGUUGUCAACAAUGUUUAGACAUAUCUCUCAGAGUUGGCUUUAUCUUCGACGUCCUUGAUUAGUCUCGAGCGAAACGUUAUCAUAGUGCCCAUCGGAUUUCAUAUAUUAAGUAAUAAAUACUGGGACCGAUGAUAGAUUAUCAGGCGCGCCGAGACUGAUAAGAGAUCGCCAUUUCGCGGACAUUGCCGUCGAUGACGUCGCUUGUUGCCGAUGAUCCGAGCAGAGCGGGUGAAAAAACAGUGUGCUAAGGUCGGUAUGGCGAGAUCGAUGCGGGACGAGGGACGAUAAACGGGUAUAUAACCGUCGGCUUUCAGAACUUUUAAUAUCCGUGCAAAUACCAGAAGCGGACAGACAUUUGACACAACUUUCCUUUUUUUUGCACGCGCCAUUUGAAAGUCAGAUGCAUGGAUCGUGAUAUUUGUGCAAGAUAAAGCCUCUCUCCGUAGUUCUCUUGCCUGAAAGUUUCCUGUCGUGGCGAACUCCGCCAGUAAGCGUCGAAUGAAUAAACUUUUCACAGUGAUAAUGAGCAAAUCAA